GGAAGUAAAUAGAGUUCCGCAGCGGUUCCCGCGUUUGGUGAAAUUCAAUAAACAAGCGUGUAGUAGAAGCUGCAGGCAUAAGUAGAAACAAGAAGAAGCUGCAGGCAUUCCCGAUAUGGAUGAUCUGUAUUUGGACAAUAUUGACGAAUUCAUUAAUGAUCAAAAUAAGAUCGUUACCUACAAAUGGCUCAGUUUAACUCUUGGGGUUCACGUGAACACGGCCAAACAAAUGCUGUAUCAUUACUUGGAGAAGAAACGCAAGGAAAGUUCAGGGUGUCCUCUUCGUGCCACUUAUCUCAUAACUGGCAAAUGUGUUGAAAAUGGAAGCAUGUGUCAUAAAGUCUCAGUAGUACGUGAGGACAAGCUUGAGGCUGUCAAAGCAACAAUGGACAUUACCAUCAGCGUGCAUGUGUACAGUCUUCAGAGAGCAGAGCUUAAAGAUAGUGCUCCACUUUACAGUACAGACUAUGAUGCUCUUAAGGAGAAUAUGAAGAACUGCAACAAGUACAGUGCUAUACGAUGUGCUGCGGCGGUCCCCAUGUCUUCUGCAGAGCUUCAGCAGAGGGAGUUGGCUUCAGUCCCUCCAGCUCAGAAGGAAGUCAGUAAACCUGACCUGAAUGAAAACACUUCAGCUAACUCCAAACCCAGCGCUAAACAGCCCGCAGGCAUCAUGGGAAUGUUCGCGAGCAAAAGCGCUCCUAAGAGCCAAGAUUCCAGCAAGGAAGUAAAAACAGAGCAGAAAGAUGAUUCUUCUGUAGUUGAAACAUCAAAAACCAAACCAACCUCCAAAACAAACCCCAUGAGUAACUUUUUUGGGAAGUCUGCCCAGAAAAAGGCGGAUGAAAAGCCCAACAAAAGCAUCAAAGAAGAAAAAGACGGAGGCACGACAGCAUCUGCUACCGUGAGCAAGAAGUCUCAGAAUUCUCCCAAGUCUGAAUGUGGCAUUAAGGAAGAACAAACCAAGGAGUCAAAGUCUUUGAAGAAUGAAUCCAAAGACACUUGCAAUAAAACGAAGCGGCCAGAGGUUCUGGACAGCGAUGAUGAGAACAUAGAGAGUCAGCAGAAAAAGAGACGGAGGAUAAAGAAGCCCCAGCCAGACAGCAGUGAUGAUGAGGUUGUGCCAGAUUCUCCACCUGUGCCUAAUGUACAGACACCCAGCCCCAAAAAACAAGUGAAAAGAGAGGCUGUUUCACACAAAGAAGAGAGCUCAGAAGUGAAGAGGAGGAAAAGGAGGCGUGUUUUAAAGUCCACCACAUUUGUUGAUGAAGAAGAAAACUUUGUGACUGAGAAAAGUUAUGUAAGCGAGUCUUACUCUGAGAGUGAAGAAACUGAACCCAACAGUAAAGUCAAAGACUCUGUCUCACUCAAGCAGUCAUUUGUAAAAAAGGAGGAUGAGAAAAAAGAAAAGAGCCAAAAGAAACCUGCAGCAUCAUCUAACAAAGCAAGGAAGCAACCGUCCAUCAUGGGAUUUUUCCAGAAGAAAUGAUUUUUUCCUUUCAUGAACUUCAAAGCACUUGGUGGUCUACAGUGAUGUACCUGCAUUGUUUCACAUGAACCACGUGAGUUAUAUUAAAAGGCUUCAAAGAGACAUCAACACUUCUACAUUUACAUGCUGAGCUGACAGAUGUUUUUAACCUAAGUCAUACCUACCAACACUUGACUGUGUUUCUCUGAUGAUGCCGAACGUGUUUACAGGAAACCACCCUUAUUUGACAAUUUGUUACAUUACGAUCAGAAGAUUGUCAGGCCUAUUUAGCCAUUUUCUGUGACAAAUUUUUGAAUGUUGCUGGAUAAUAAAUCAAAAUUUAUAAUAAUUUUCCACAUGUGGUAUUGUCUUUAUAAAAUAAGUAUUCAUUGUUCAUAAAUAUCACAACAGAUUGGUUGAUAUGGAACAUUGUAAAAUUAAUUUUUAUUCUUGAUUGGUUCCUAUAGGUCUUGAGCAUCAUAUUUCAGCGUGACAUUAGUUUUUGGAAUCGUAUUCUAGUUGAUCCUGGAUAUUUUGACUUAUCAAAACAAAACUUACUGUGUUGGAAUGGCAUGCAUUUUAAAAUCAGUACAAGCUCCUCUGAUCCACUGCCAUAGACUUGAGCAAAUUGAGCAUUUUGUGCCAAACCAUCAUUCCCCAACAAACUCUCUUUUUAUUUUAUGAAAAGUGUCUAAACUUUGGUCUGUGGCUAUAUUUAGAGUCCGAGCUGUGUGCAGCCGAAUGUGAUAAGAACAAUGUGUUCUUAUUUUCAUUGUUUUAAAACACUUGAAUUGAGGAUAGUGAACAUUUUUUCAUGGUAAUUCUUUCUGUUUCCAAAUAAAUACUGACAUACAAUAAUUAUAACU